CACGCUAUUCUAAUCCGGAAACGAGUUCAGCUAAAGAUGGCGGUACAGGAGCCGAUGGCGUUACCGAUGCGCCUGAGGAACCAGCUUCAAUCGGUCUAUGAACUUGACCCUUUAAGAAAUGAGGAGGAGGUCAAAGUGAAGAUAAAGGAUUUAAAUGAACACAUCGUAUGUUACCUGUGCGCGGGAUAUUUCAUCGACGCUACCACAAUCACAGAGUGCCUGCAUACCUUCUGUAAGAGCUGCAUAGUGAAGUACCUACAGACCAGUAAGUAUUGCCCCAUGUGCAAUAUAAAAAUCCACGAGACUCAGCCACUUCUCAACCUCAAACUGGACCGUGUGAUGCAGGACAUCGUUUACAAACUGGUCCCUGGACUACAGGAGAGUGAAGAUAAGCGAAUACAAGCUUUCUAUCAAGCCCGAGGCUUGGAUCGCUUCAUCCACUCAACUAAAGGAGAUGGCAUUACUGAUAACGGCGGCAUGACACUGGGCAGCUUUGACCAAUCAAAAGCCCACUUUUACAGAUACGACGAGCAGGUGUCUCUGUGUCUUGAAAGGCGAAGUUCCCUAUCAUUGGUUUCAAAAGACAAGAUUAAGUUGGCACAGCAGAAGUUUGUGCGUUGUCCAGCGAGGACAGAAGUUCAGCACCUCAGGAGAGUCCUGUGUCGGAGACUUAACCUGGAAAAACAGCAGGUGCAGAUGUUAUUUAAUGACAAGUCUCUUCCUGAUCACAUGACCAUGAGGCAACUCUGGCUCUCUCACUGGUUUGGCAAGCCUCAGCCGUUGGUCCUCCAGUACGUCAUCAGAGAGAAGAGAGGCAGAUGAAGCCGACGGAUGACCUCCAGCAUUGUCCAGAGACUCUCAGCUGGAAACUGUUUAUAGGGCACACACAUCUCUAUUUUACUAUUGUCACACACAGAUGCCAAUUUUUGUGCAUUUUAAUAUGUAUAUUUUUAAGAUAAAAAUAAUAAUAAAAAAAUGAUCAUGUAAAAUGA